CCGCGCGCAUUUCGAGUUGGCAGUUCCGGUCCCGCUCUCACUUUGGGGCAGGAUGUGGGAGCGGCUGAACCGCGCGGCUGCGGAGUUUUAUUCUCUCCUCCUUCACCACAUCUUAGGGCUCCUGGAAUAUAAUGAAGAAAAGAAAGGAAUCCGGAAAGACCCAUUUCUCUAUGAGGCUGACGUCCAAGUGCAGUUGAUCAGUAAAGGCCAACCAAACCCUCUGAAAAAUAUUCUAAAUGAAAAUGACAUAGUAUUCAUAGUGGAAAAAGUGCCUUUAGAAAAGGAAGAAACAAGUCAUAUUGAAGAACUUCCGUCUGAAGAGACUGCCAUAUCCGAUUUCUCUACUGGCGAAAAUGUUGGACCACUUGCUUUUCCAGUUGGGAAGGCAAGACAGUUAAUUGGACUUUACACCAUGGCUCACAAUCCUAAUAUGACCCAUUUGAAGAUUAAUCUGCCAGUUACUGCCCUUCCUCCCCUUUGGGUAAGAUGUGACAGUUCAGAUCCCGAAGGUACUUGUUGGCUAGGAGCUGAGCUUAUCACAACAAACGACAGCAUUACAGGAAUUGUCUUAUAUGUGGUCAGUUGUAAAGCUGAUAAGAAUUAUUCUGUAAAUCUUGAAAACCUAAAAAAUUUACACAAGAAAAGACAUCACUUGUCUACUGUGUCAUCCAAAGGCUUUGCCCAGUAUGAGCUCUGUAAGUCCCCUGCCUUGGAUGAUACAUUCACCACAUCGCAAACUGCCAUCACUUUGGAUAUUUCCUGGAGCCCUGUGGAUGAGAUUCUUCAAAUCCCUCCACUCUCUUCAACUGCAACUCUGAAUAUUAAAGUGGAAUCGGGAGAGCCCAGAGGUCCUUUGAAAUAUCUCUACAGAGAAGUGAAAUUUCUUCUUGUUUUGGCUGAUGGUUUGAGGACUGGUGUAACUGAAUGGCUCGAGCCUCUGGAAGCAAAAUCUGCUGUUGAACUUGUGCAGGAAUUUCUGAAUGACUUAAAUAAGCUGGAUGGAUUUGGUGAUGCUACACAACAAGACACUGAGACAGUGAAGCAUGACGCCGCCGCAGUUGAUCGUUCAGUCAAGCGUCUUUUCGAAGUGCGCAGUGAUCUCGAUUUUGCUGAGCAACUGUGGUGCAAAAUGAGCAGUAGUGUGAUUUCAUACCAAGACUUGGUGAAGUGUUUCACAUUGAUCAUCCAGAGUCUACAACGUGGUGAUAUACAGCCAUGGCUCCAUAGUGGGAGUCACAGUUUACUCAGUAAGCUCAUUCAUCAGUCUUAUCAUGGAACCAUGGACACAGUUUCUCUUAGUGGGACUAUUCCAGUUCAAAUGCUUUUGGAAAUUGGUUUGGACAAACUAAAGAAAGAUUAUAUCAGUUUUUUCAUAGGUCAGGAACUUGCAUCUUUGAAUCAUUUGGAAUACUUCAUUGCUCCUUCAGUAGAUACACAAGAACAGGCUUAUCGUGUCCAAAAACUCCACCAUAUUCUAGAAAUAUUGGUCAGUUGUAUGCCUUUCAUUAAAUCCCAACAUGAACUCCUCUUUUCUUUAACACAGAUCUGCAUAAAAUAUUAUAAACAAAAUCCUCUUGAUGAGCAACACAUUUUUCAGCUGCCAGUCAGGCCAACUGCUGUAAAGAACUUAUAUCAAAGCCAAACUCCCACACUCCCCCUCAAAUGGCUCUGGCAAAGGUUACCAAUGAAUGGCCUCCUAAUUGUCAAAUCCAAUGGAUGCUUUUCAGUAAGAUAAUGUUUUCUAGCUGCUUGUGUAAUUAGUUGGCCCACCAGUUCUUUCUGCCUCGGUAAGCACUUACAAGGCCGUUUGGAAUUUAGCAUUGUUGCUUUCUUGAACUUGUCUCCUUAGUUUCUGUGCCAUAGCAUGUGUCUUAAUUUGAAUUCUACAUCUCUGGCCCACCUGAAAGGCUUAGUUCUCUUUUCUUUUUUUUUUGGAGACGGAGUUUCACUCUUGUUACCCAGUCUGGAGUGCAAUGGCACCAUCUCGGCUCACCGCAGUCUCCACCUCCUGGGUUCAGGCAAUUCUCCUGCCUCAGCCUCCUGAGCAGCUGGGAUUACAGGCACGCGCCACCGUGCCCACCUAAUUUUUUGUAAUUUUAGUAGAGACGGGGUUUCACCAUGUUGACCAAGAUGGUCUCGAUCUGUUGACCUCGUGAUCCACCUGCCUCAGCCUCCCAAAGUGCUGGGAUUAGGCUUAGUUCUCUUUUCAAGUUCCUCUUCCUCUGUUGCUUUUCACCAGAACUCUACCCUCUGCCUUCUUUUCUUCUUACUUCCUAUCUUCCUUUGGUGAUUGCAUUUAUACUCAAGGCUUCAACUUGUCUAGGUUAAUAGUACUUCAUAACUCACAUCUCCAGUUUUCUCUGAGCUUCAGACCCAUCUUUGUUAGCCGUGAAUCCCCAGCUUAUUGAAGUAGCAGUUCAAACUCUAAAGCCAAACACCUCGUCCUUUUCUCAAUGCUUUUUCCUCCUCCCAUACUUAAUGGCCAUCAUUAAUCUCUAACUAAUGCCCAAAACAAAAACCUAGUGCUUAUCCUCCAGUCAUUCCCUCACUCCUUUAAAUCGUUACUGACAGCCUGGCAACAUGGUGAAACCCUGUCUCUACAAAAAAUAUAAAGAUUAGCCAGGUAUGGUGGCAUGUGCCUGUAGUUCCAGCUACUAGGGAGGCUGAGGUGGGAGGAUUGCCUGAGCCUGGGAGGCAGUGAGGCUGUAGUGAGCUGUGAUCGUGCUGCUGCACUCCAGCCUGGACAACAGAGCAAGACCCUGUCUCAAAAAAAAAAAAAAAAAAGGAUGACUGAGUCUAGAACUUGGUAGCUCUAGAAUUUGUCCCCGUCUCUACAUCUUCACAUCAUCAUUGCUUUGUUUCACAUCUGCAUCAUUUCAUACCUGGACUGUGGUAAAAUUCUUUUUCCUAACUGCGCUCUCUGCCUCUGUUCUUUCUUUUCUAUGUCAUUGCCAAAACGAUCUUCCCGAAAUUCAGAUCCCAUCAGGACUUCCUCCUGUUUAAAUGGCUCCUAUCACAGGGAUGCUGCGUUACUGCAUUUCUUCAGACAUUCCACACUCCCCAGUUCGAGUUACAUUCCUGUCUUCUGUUUUCCCCAACACACCUAGUAUUUCUCUGUUGUAGCAUUUUUUUAAAAUGGUUAUUUUUAUUCUUGUUUCUCUCUGUCUCUUGACUAUACACCUCAAGGGUGGGAAUUGUUACCUGUUUACCU